CGGCAAGUAGUUUCGUUUGAUAUCUUGUGCGAUUUCAAAACGAGAUCGAGGAACUAGAUUAUUGUCCAGUCUCCUUGACUUGCAUUAAACUUUGAGAUCUGGACGGCUAUAACUGCGCCCUGAAAGCCUUCUGCAAUUUGCAUAUCGGCCACCCCAUCCAUCAGUACCUUUGUCCCCUCUUGGUCUUCCUCUCCGAUUCCGAUUCGCACCACCAUGAAUGGAAUCGAGCACCUGGGCAAUGGCCGGACCGCCUACCACUUCCAACCGGCGAAGCAUUGGCAGAAUGAUCCCAAUGGGCCAAUGUACCACAACGGCUUGUACCACUUCUUCUACCAGUACAAUCCCCACGGCCCGACCUGGGAUGUCGGCAAGUUAUCAUGGGGCCACUCCGUCUCCGGCGACCUCGUGAACUGGGCCGCGCUCGACAAUGCGCUCGACCCCACCGACCCAUUCGACGCCAACGGCUGCUGGUCGGGCUCCGCCACCAUCCUCCCCGGCGGCCGCCCGGCCAUCCUCUACACCGGCAUCGACGCCGACAAGGUGCAGGUGCAGAACGUGGCGUUCGCCAAGGACCCCUCCGACCCGCUCCUCCGCGAGUGGGAGAAGCCCAGCUGCAACCCGGUGAUCCCGUACCCCGCCGACGUGACCCGCAACAACUUCCGUGACCCGACGGAGGCGUGGCGCGGCCGCGACGGCCUGUGGCGGGUCGGCAUCGUCGCCGAAGUCAACGGCGUUGGGUCCCUGCUGGUGUACCGGAGCGCGGACUUCCUCCGCUGGGAGCGCAACGCCGCGCCGCUGCACGCCAGCUCGCGGGACGUGCCCGUGCUGGAGUGCCCGGACCUGUUCCCGGUGGCGGCGACGGCGCACGGCGCGACGGAGGGGCUCGAGACAUCGGCACCGAGCGGCGCCGGGGUGAGGCAUGUGCUCAAGCUCACGGACUUCGCCAAGGAGGACCACUACAUGGUUGGGUUUUACGACGACGCGGCCGACACAUUCGUGCCGGCGGAGCCAGAGCGCGGCGGCGACCCCGAGAACUGGCGCCGGCUCGACCACGGCCACCUGUACGCGUCCAAGUCCUUCUACGACGCGCGCAACAAGCGGCGCGUGCUGUGGGCGUGGGUGGACGAGACCGACGGCGGCGGCGUCGCCAGGGGCUGGGCCGGCAUCCAGGCGUUCCCGAGGGCCAUGUGGCUGGACGCCGACGGGAAGCGGCUGGUGCAGUGGCCCGUGGAGGAGAUCGAGACGCUGCGGAGGAAGCGGGUCGGCCUGCAGUGGGCGACGGACGUGGAGGCCGGCGGCAGGAAGGAGAUCGCCGGCAUUGUGAGCUCGCAGGCGGACGUGGAGGUCAUGUUCGAGAUCCCGAACCUGGAGGAGGCCGAGACGUUGGACCCCGAGUGGCUGCUGGAUCCAAAAGGGCUGUGCGCGGCGAAGGGCGCGUCCGUGCACGGCGGCGUCGGCCCGUUCGGGCUGCUCGUCUUGGCCUCCAGUGACCUGGAGGAGCACACUGCUGUGUUCUUCAGGGUGUUCAAACAUGGUGGCAAGUACAAGGUUCUCAUGUGCACCGACCUUACAAAGUCUUGUACGAAAGCAGGGGCACACAAGCCAUCCUACGGAGCAUUUCUUGACGUCGCCGUGGAGAAGGACAAGUUCAUAUCUCUCAGAACACUGAUCGAUCACACGGUGGUGGAGAGCUUCGGCGACGGCGGGAGGACGUGCAUGACGGCUCGUGUGUACCCCGAACACGCGGCGAUGGGAAGCACCCACCUGUACGUGUUCAACAACGGGACAGGUGCCGUAAAGGUGUCCAAACUUGAGGCCUGGGAGCUGGCGACGGCGGCCGUGAACAGCGGCUCGCUUGCACCCGUCGUCGUCAAGGCAUCCGACCCUAAAGAGGCCUUGUAGUUCUAGGGUAUGCCCAGGAUGGUGGCUGCUUAGAUGAUGUCCGUCAUUGAUUUAUGCUUGUUGGUCGAGUUAUGAGUUUCGGGUAGGAUGAUUUAUGCGGAAAUGCAAUUUUAGUGGCGUCAUGACCUAUUGGACAAACAUCUGUCAUUGGAAAAACGUGGUGAUAUGUCCACGCCCAUAUACACUAUAAAGU